CCUCCUCACUCGCUGCCCAGCCCAGCCCACCCCCCUCGCUCAACCGCAGCGGAUACUUCGCUCCCUUUCCCGUCCGUUGCCGAGGACAGAUCCAUCCAUCCAGGAACCGAAAGGGGGGAGCAGGAGGAGGAGUCAUGAGCGCCGUGGCGGUCUCCUCGUCGUCGCUGAACCCGGACGCGCCGCUCUUCAUCCCGGCGGCGCUGCUGCAGGUGGAGGACUUCUCGCCGCAGUGGUGGGACCUCGUCACCACCACCGCCUGGUUCCGCGACCACUGGUCCCGGGAGCACACCCAGCUCGACGAGAUGGCCCAGGAGCUCGACGCGGCCGGCCUCCUGCCCCACGACGACGAGGACCUCUUCUACGACGACCAGCCCGAGCACGCCCCCGCCGCCGUCGAGGCCCCGCAGCACCCUGCGCCCGCCGACAACCUCAACACCGAUGCGGUGCUCAAGGCGCUGAACCUGUCCUCCCCGAAGGGCGGCGACGCGCCGCGCGUGUUCCGGGAGAAGCCCAGGCACGCUGAGAAGCCGACCAAGUACGCCGGCAGCCCCAAGGGCAGCAGCGCCCCGCGUGUGAUCCACCAGCCCCGCUAGGCUCGCCGUCCUGACGGGCAAAUCGAGCAAGGCUGCUGUGCCCUCUCGCAGCGUUUGCUCCUGCUCCUGGCUGCUGCCGUUGCGGUCUGGUCCUUCGAGUCUAGAUAGAAGUGUCCUUUUUUAUAGCAAGCAAGUAAAAAAUGACCAAAAAAGAGAACAAAAUGCAGCUGCGGUUUACUGCUGCUCUCUCUAAGUUGUGUUCAGUUGAUCAGUGAGUUUCCAGUGUGUCUAGAGAACCCCCAAAGAAAUGGAAGAGGGUGAAGGUGGAGUCCCGAAGAAAUGGAAGAGGGUGAAGGUGGAGUCCCGAAGAAAUGGAAGAGGGUGAAGGUGGAGUCCCAGACUCUCCCAGUGUAGGGUGCCUAGAGAUGGUCAAGGGCCUUUGAUUUUGAACUAGAAAAUUAUUUUUUUAGGGAAGGAUUCGGCUCUAAUCUUAUAUAAUUUUGGGCUAAAAAAAUUGAGCUUAAAAAAUCUAA